AUGAGCAUAACUCCAAAAAUCGCGGAACAAGAGUAUGUGCACUCAAUCUACUCCCGUCUAGCCACCUACCAACAAAAUGUGAGAUUAUCCGUAGAGCGCGCACCCAAAUUUCAAAGUCCACUAUUUUCAUUCAGGAUGCGAAAAAUUCCUCGCCACGUAUUUGGCCACGAGUACGUCAAUUCGUGGAUCAACAAGCCGCGGGGAGCGUGGUUCUGGAUGUCGGAUGCGGUGAAGCUAAGUACACUGCCACAAAAUGCCACGUCAUCGGUUUUGACACGUGUCCAGAAGUCUUGAGUUCAAGCAAAAAGGAAGACAUUGACUUAUGCCUGGCGGAUGCACUCAGCAUUCCUAUAAGGUUUGCUCAGAAAUGAAAACUUGCUGAAAAUAAAUUAUUUUUACAGAGACUCCAGCGUAGACGCAAUUCUCAACGUCUCCGUCAUACAUCACCUGGCCACCGCAGACAGAAGACGCCAGAUGCUACAAGGUGGCUUAUAUACUUCUGUACAAAAAUAAUGUUACAUUCAUGACUACAUGUGUUACCACUUGGAGUUCUCCUCUUUUCUUUACAGUUUGAGAUUUCGAAGAACAAGCUUCAAAAAUGAAAAAGCUGGAUGAAAAUGAAGUCCAGUUGAAGAAAUAAACACUUAACCGCUAAAAUUCAAAACAAUAAUUUCAGAGUGCUGUCGUUGUUUGCGAGUAGGCGGUCAGAUGCUGAUCUAUGCUUGGGCGUUCGAACAACCAAGCGCAGAUUUCGCCGCUCAGGACAUUCUCGUUCCGUGGAAUAUGCAUGAAACUUCCAUCGCGGGACGUCUACCGAAAGUGAAAUUCCAUUUGAAUACCACGAAAGAGCAGCGUAUCAUAGCUGCCUCAGUCCCAGUAUCAAUAUCCGAUGUCUCACCCUCUCCCAAAUGGUAUACCGCAGUACUGAAUAAGGUCUCUUUUUUAACCGAACAACUGCCCUAUUUUGCCAAGAGAUGUCCUACAUCUCCAGGCAGUUACGGAAGAAAUCACAGUCCCAGCGCUUCCACAUCUGGCUCCAUAAGUUCUCCAAUGGUACAGAGGCUGCCGUCUGCAGCUCCACAAUUUUUUCCGAUCACUGCUGCCAUCCUUUCCGGAAUUAAAAAAUGGAGUCCGAAACUAGAAAAGACAAUCGCAUCGUUGUUAGUUCCGGUUGAAGAGCAGUAUGCAGACGAGUUAUCACAAGUUAUUAUGAGGGAAGCAAUCACUGAAGCCAUGUCCACACUUCAAGAGGUCAGUUGGACAUAUAAGUCACACACAAAAUGAACACAAAAAUUUUGCAGGUCGCAUUCUAUCGUUACUAUCAUGUUUUCAAAGAGGGUGAGCUCGCAAACCUAGUUGAUUCCAUCGAUGAUCUUCGCAUCGUUUCAAACUCUUUCGAGCACGGAAAUUAUUGUGUGACCGCCGAAAAAAUGCCGAAGAAUUAUAUUCGCCCGUAG